AUGGACGAGGACAAUAAGUCAGACACCUCAAGCAACAACAGUUCUUUCGUCGACCCGAACAAGUCCAUCUACGACGUUUAUAUUGACAUCGCCCCAAAUGAGCAGCAGUGAAAAAAAGACAAAGUUUGCCACAUAUGCAAAAAGAAGUUUGGUAGCAAAAUUUCUUUAAUAAAUGAAAAGAAGUUUCGGUGCAAGUUUUGCUGGAGAGGAACAUGUGGAGACUGCUCAAAAACGCGAGCCAGGCAUCCUGACUUUGACAAGCCUCAAAGAAUCUGUAAUUCCUACUUCUAUAAAUUAAAAUGGUGUGUGGCGAGCCAACCCACCCUCUUAACACCUGCGGCUGGGGAGACCCAGUAACCUUGUUUAAGGAAGGAUGGCGUUCGAUGUGUGCAUCAGGAAGGUUUUGUUUGGUUUGGUGGAGCAAUAUCCGGCUGGUUGACUGCAUGCUCACACCCAGAUCAAGGUUUUGCCUCAGAGGAAGAUUCAAUUCGAGUUGGAAAGGGGUGUCCCAGCAGUACCAGUGAGGGUUCCUUCUGGUCAAUCGGGAACGUUUCCCAUCGCGAUGCCAAAAGUAGCAUCCUGGACUGCGAAUUUCCAUCUUGGUGAUAAGUGAUCAGAAAAUUCGUUUUUUUCGAAUUUUCUGUAAACCAGUUCCCAUUUAAGUGACCCAGCGCCUCUAACUCAUGGAUCGAGUGCAAGCCCGUCCGUGGGGAGCAAUACAGUGAGAGUUCGUGCUCUGACUGGCAAGAAAGCGGUGGAGUAUUACGGGGUGAUUUGGCUCGAACUUGGACCUGCCGAAAGCUUUUGAUAACUAUAUUAAUAUUAAGGUAAUUCCUGCUUCCAAAAAUCAAAGGAGAAUAAAAUUUCUGAAACCUAUACUUAUGAGCUAAAUAGAGCCCGCAGUGAUAAUGAUGAGCUACAAAUACAGUUAGAAAGCGCAAAACGAGAAAAUGAAAUGCUGAUAAAAGAAAAAGAACAAUUAGAAGAGAAGCUUGAGCAAGUGCAAAAUGAUGCGAAUUAUCGAGUGGAAGAACAGCAGCACCAAGCUGAUACUCUGAAGGUGAAAAAAGAAAAAAUUGCAAAGAAAUAUGGGAAGAUGAGGAAUAAAAUCCAGGCUGCAGAGGAAGAUAGGGAUGGCCAGUAUGGGAGCAUAAAUGUCUUGAAAUAUGAAGCUGAAUCAUUAAAAGACGCAUUGGAGAGAGAUAAAGCUGAAUUAGAGGAAGCAAGGAACAUAAUUGCCGAAAAACAAGCAGAAAAAGAAAGACUGCUGAGGAAACUUGAAGAGGAAGAAGCUCCUCCAGUCAGAGAAAACAAGACGAGAAAACGAGGAGAGAAAGAAGAGAAAUUAAUAGACGAAAUUGAAGCAGCUUUAAAUCAAAUUAAAGAAAUCAAAGGUGAAAAUAAAUCACUAACUCAAGAGCUAACAGAGUUAGACACAGAAAUAAGCACGAUUGAGGAAAAAACACAAAAAGUCCAGAAUGAUCUAGACCAAGGCCUGACUCCUCAAGAGCCGGGAGUCCGCUCUGUAAGACAAUCCAUGGUCGCUGAAGAAGAAAAAAAAAUAAAAGAGCUCAAAGAAACAGUCCAAGAGCAGCAACAAAAAAUUGAGAGGCUUAAAGCAGAGAUCCAGAGUUCUAAGACUUUAAAUGACAGAGAAAUGAGCAGCGCAGACUACUAA